AUGGAUAGAAUCACAGAUGAAAAUGGGCAAAAGGAGGAAGCCGAAAUCCGCAUGCGUGAUAUGCAACGCAAGCGGGAGAAGGAAGAAUGGGAGCGAAGGAAGAAAGAGGAGGCGGCAGAGGAGGAGAGAAAGCGAAACGAGGAAAAGGAGCGCCUCCAGGAGGAGGAGCUUCGACAGAAACGGCGGGAGGAGGAAUGGAAACGGCUUGGCUCCGAUAUAAUUCAGAAUCUUCCUCCUGUUCCACCGCCCAUAAAGAGCGAUGAUGAUCCGAAUGCCCUCCGCGCGUGGUACUUAGACGAUGAGACCUCUAAGCCGGCCCUAACUAUGCAAAGCUUCAAACCAGGUCGCAGACAGGGAGCCCCGCCGGUUACGAUGAACGAUCUACUACAGCUUGGGAUUGUUUGUUUCUAUAUUAAUCUGAAUGAUUUUUCUAUUGUUAAACAGAUCAUAAAAGAGCGACUUUACAAGCAUACAGAUGAAGUAAGAAUAUCACAGACGGCAAAAGAUGACGCUUUCCUAGAGCGGUGGUACAAUGAGCAUUACAAUGAGGACGAGCAAUUGCGUCUCGUCUUAGACGGAUCCUGUUACUUUGAUAUUCGCUCGGCCAGAGAAAAAUGGAUUCGAAUUCAUCUGCAAACCUCUCAGUUAAUUAUUAUCCCCGCUGGAAUGUAUCACCGUGGCACGCUUGAUGAGAACGACUAUGUCGCCCUAUUUCGGGGAUUUCAAGAAUCCCCCCGUUUCGUACCGAUUAACCGCCCCAACGAUAACGCUAAUGCGCGAAAAGUGAGGCUGAAUUAUCUUAUGAGACUAAAGAAAGGAAAUGUAGCGGCCGAGUUGGGAUUUCGGCUAUAG